GGGAAGCAGCGAGCCCUAGAGCGGUCGGAUCGAACCGUGUAAGAAGACGACAUCAUCAGCCUUCCUUGCCCGCUCAAACAGAGUCCGCUUUCUCUCUCUGCUUCGCCUCGUCUUCGCUCUUGGCCAGUGAGCCCUAGCGUCCGUCUUCUUCGUAGCGAUGAAGCUCGUCAGGUUUUUGAUGAAGCUGAACAACGAGACCGUCUCCAUCGAGCUCAAGAACGGGACUGUGGUUCACGGCACCAUCACAGGUGUUGAUAUUAGUAUGAACACACAUCUCAAGACUGUGAAACUCACAUUGAAGGGAAAAAACCCAGUGACUCUGGAUCACCUGAGUGUGAGGGGGAAUAAUAUUCGUUACUACAUUCUUCCAGACAGUAUAAAUCUUGAGACUUUAUUGGUGGAAGAGACGCCUCGGGUCAAACCGAAGAAACCAACUGCUGGGAGGGCUAUGGGACGAGGACGGGGCCGUGGACGUGGUCGUGGACGUGGACGUGGGCGUUAAGUUUGCUGUCCACAGUUUCAUAAUUUUUGUAUCUCUGAGGUUGUGUAGAAACUGAGGGUGUUGCAGGAGAGAGGUGUUGGUUCUCUGGACUUGGAAAAGCUUAUGACACUGUACUCUAGUCAGAGUUUUAUGGUAGAAUUCUUAAAACUGCAUCUGAAGUUACUUGCAAUUUUCAGUCUGGUAUUGUGGAUCAAAUUGACGAACGUUUAAUUCUUCACUAGCGGACUAGCAUUUGUCAUGGUAUUCUAGCGAGGCCUAUUGGGGGCAUUCAUUUCCAGAAUGAUGGCCUCUGGUGAAGAAGUUUGCCAUGAAUGUGAAAGAUUGGCUGUUAUUCUGGGGGAUAGCUACAAAUGCCUGCCGCUUGCUCAUAUCAUAUGCUAUCGGAAACAGCUGUUUUAUGCGCC